AUGCUCAGCCGCCCGAACGGCGAACUCACGAGGGCCGGCCAGUACUACUACCAACUGAUCGACCGGCCGCCCCCCAGCCGGCAGUACGACCGCAACCAACCCCUCAUCCGCGAGGGCCCGAACGAUUACAUCAUGCUCCGGGGGGGCGCCAAAAAGCUGCUCCGCAGCCUCCAGCCCAACGGGAACUACCACUUGACCAAGCUCGGGAAGAGCUUCUUCAAGGACAAGUGGGUGGACUGGGUGGUGCACGUGCCCGUCAUCAUCCGCGGCAUCCGGCGAAACGGCCGGAACCGCGGCAUGCCCUACGAGCGCACGAAGCGCCUGCCCGUCACGGACCUCAACGUCACACUGCCCCGGCAGAGCGAGGGGCUCUCGGAUGCCCAAGCGGCCCGGAACCUCAAGGCGUCCGCGCUCGCGCAGCUCGGGAACCCCGAGCCGAACGACAUUAUUUGGGAGCUGUCCGACGAGACCUACUACCUGGACGCAACGAGGGAGUGGACCUUCAGCCAGCAGGCCAUGCAGGUCGUAGACGACCGGGUGGUGGUGGAGACCGUCCUGGAUCAGCCCCUGGGGGCUCUGCGGGACGUCUCCUACCAGCUGUACUGCGGCGACGAAAUCCUAGAGUCCGCCUUCGAACAGCGGCCGGACAAGCUUUGCGUCCCUCGGCAGCUCGCGGAGCUGAUGCGGCUGCCGCUGCAGGAGGUGCUUUCGGACUUCGACGCAAUCUGCACCAAAAAAACGUGGCGGGAGCAGGGCAUCACCCCCCGAGAGAUCCGGGAAUUCUGCCUUUGGCGCCAGGCCCCGAUGUUCUACGUGGACUGCCAGGGCCGCCUGCUGGACAAGUACGAGCCUACCGUCAAGGAGCAGCGGGCCGUGGCCUUCACGAGCUGGAACGGCCACGCCUUCUUCUACAAAUCCGCCCGCACCGUCGCGAAGUGCGAGCCGAUCGGGGAGCGGGCCAGGUACCGGGGCGAGAGGAAGCCCGGCGAAACGCCCGAGUUCAAGGAUUGGCGGGAGUGGGAGGGCGAGGUCGCCAGCGGUCAUUUCUACACUGAAGACCUGGAGCAGGUCCGGAGGGAGCUCCUGGCCGAGGGGCACUGCCCGAAGGUGGUCAUGCGAAGCCUGAGCGAGUGGCGGUGCCUGCGGCUGAGGGUGCGGGGCGGCGAGGACUGCGUCAUCUCCGCCUUCCACGAAGACCUGGAUGUGCUGCAGGCCUGGAUGGGGCGGCUGGGGCUCCCCUAUUGCGGGCAGCGUCUGGCGGGCGCCGCGAGCGAGGUCUUCCUUCACCUUCUCAAGGCCCGCCGCGAUCCGCCCGGAUCUCGGCAAGCCCUGCUCGCGGAGCAGGACCACCAGUGCAAGCUCUGCGCGGCCCCCAUCACCGCAACCACGUGCGAGUUGGACCACAUCGUCCCCGUGCACCAGUCCUUCGCCGCACAGGCCCAGAACCUCCAGGCACUGUGCCUCGAGUGCCACCGGAACAAAACGGCCCUGGAGUCCUCGCACGCCACGACACUGGAGUCGCGCUUCAGCCGGCGGGCUUACGAGCAGUACGUGGAAUCGCCUCGACUCCCGCCGCUCGUCUUCAAGCUCAACAGCCACAAGCCGGACCACAUCUGCCACGGUAUAGACGUGGUGCGGUGCCGCAAGAACGGUCUGGCCCAUGCCAAGUUCCCGGCGCCCAUCUUCUGCCCCAAGGACAACGUUGAGCAAGCCCGCGAAGGGCACCUGGCGGACCUGACCUACGUGAGGCUCCGGGAGGACGGGCGUUGGGCGGCGUUCAAGCAGCUCCCCUACGUGGGCCAGGGCUGGUACGCCAAGCCUGCGGUGGCCUACAUGCUGGAAAAGGGCCUUGCGACGUGGAGCGACUUCGUGUACAGCAUGGACGCCACGGCGCACGUGGACCAGGAGUCCGUGGCCCAGGCCCUGCAGAAAAUGGAGGCGGCUUGGCCGGAGGGAGAGGAGCACUACGCGAAGCUGUCGGUGAAUUUCGACGGGUCCGGGUGCCAGCACCGGGAGCUGUUCCUGGACGCCGCGGGCGGGAUGCACUGGGAUCACAUCUACGUGACCCAGUUGUUGUCCAACCGGAGCUGCCGGCCUGUGCACGACUUCGUGAUGGCCUCGGAGUACGUCGCCGUCUCCAGAAUCCGGGAUGCACUCGCAACCGUGCCGUCGAGGUACCUGAAGGCCGUCAAAACGGACUGCGUCGUCUUCCAGGACCUGCCCAAAAAGUUCCAGGGCCUUGUGGACAGCCUGGUCCGCGAAAGGCAUCCCGACGGCACGCCCGUGUACCGAUGCGAGGAGGUCAAGGGCCUCGAAGGCCAGUAUCGGAUCCCCCGAAUCGAGGCGGAGUGGAUGUGCAACAUUGACACCUGGAAGGUCGCGGAGGACCCUGUGCUCCACUGCCUCGAGGGCGGGAGCCUGCUGCUGACCGGCUACCCGGGCACCGGGAAGACCCACCUGGCGCGCCAGAUCGUGACCGCCCUCCGGGAAGAAGGGUACAAGGUGAAGAUCAUCACGAAGACCCACUCCUCCCUGCAGAACUUUGGAAUGCAGGCGGAAACGGCCGACCACUGGGUGCGGAGCACCGUCCGGAACGGCUACUGCAACAUCGACUGGCUGGUGGUGGAGGAGAUUACGCAGCUCGACACGGGGCUGUGGAACGACAUCGCCUGCGUCUCCAUGAACCGCAAAGUCAAGUUCCUGCUGCUUGGCGACUUCCGCCAGUUCCCCGCCGUCAUGGACAACUUCGCGGGCACCCCGGUGCAGCGGGAGCUCAAGCACUGCCAGCUGCUCCACGACCUCACCGACGGCUGGCACCACGAGCUCACCGAGAACAGGAGGAGCGACCCGGGCAUCUUCGACUUCCUCCGGUGGCUCCGGGUCGACGAGCCCCGGGAGCAGUCCCUGCCGGAAGCGGUCCGGGCGGCCCGGGAAAGGUUUCCGCGGCAAGGCGAGCCCGAUGUCAGCCUGGUCAUCUCCCACGCCCACCGCAUCAGGAUCAAUGCGCGGGACAACCGUCGCCUGGCCCCGCCGGAAGCUGUGACGAUCGAGUACACCGGCACUGGCCCGACGACCACCAACAUGCCGCAGACCAUGCGGGUCUGGCCCGGCCUGAAGCUCAUCGGCGUGACCAAAGGCAUCUACGUGCAUGUGGCAGAAGUGGGCCCCGAGAAGAUCGUCUUGGACGGCGGCGACUCCUUCACCCACGCCGCCCUCCUGAAACACACCCGGCUGUGCCACGCCAUCACCUACGCCUCGUGUCAAGGCCUGACGCUUGAAGGGCGGGUCUUCCUGUGCGACACCGAGAGCCCGCACUUCACCCUCAAGCACCUCUAUGUGGGGAGCAGCAGGGCCACCAGCAGCGAGCUCCUGAGCGUCGCCAGGAUCCUCCAGCGGCUGCUGGUCAGCGUCCCAGAAGUGGACUCGGGACAAAUCGACCUUGAGCUUGAUGAAGCUGUAGCGGCCGAAGAUUUUAGAGUCGUGGAGGCAUCGCUGGGUCAGCUGGCCCUUGAUGUCCUUCUCGAUCGCCUGCAGGCCUCCGCGCACACCGGGAAGAACUUGCCGCCACGCUGGUUGGUCGUAAGCUCACCGAGCGUUUUGGGCUCCAUCGUAACGAGUCUUGACAGCAACCCAAAAGCCAGCCCAACCAUCUGCUCCGACAUCCUGCAAUGGGACUACAAGGCCUUCGAGCCCGGGCACUUCGACGCAGUGUGGGCCUCGCCCUGCUGCACCGAGUUCAGCAUCGCACUCAAGAAGCGCCCCCGCAACCUGCCGCUCGGAGAUGCCCUGGUGCUCAAGACCCUGGAGGUCAUAGACUACCUCAAGCCUCGGUGGUGGGCCAUCGAAAACCCGAGCACCGGGCGCCUCAAAACCCGCCCCUACAUGCAAGGGCUGCACAUGGACCGGGUCACGUACUGCAAGUACGGCUUCCGCUACAAGAAGCCCACGGCCAUCUGGCACAACUUGCCCUGGACCCCCUCCCAGGGGCCCUGCCGCAAGGGCGACCGCUGCGAGGCCUUCCAAGGAACUUGUCACCCAGAGGCCGCGCAGCGAGGGCCCACCAAGGGGCGGCAGGGGAGCAACUCGCGGGACCAGCUCUACUCCAUCCCGCCUGUGCGUCUCUUCAAGACGCCUGAGUACUCCGUCAAGCAGCCGCCUGACCCCGUGGUUUGCAAGCCCCCCGCCAACGGUAUUUUGUGUGCUCCAUCUGCAAGCGGAAAGACGGUACUCCUUGUGAGCAUGAUUUUGGAGCAAUACCGGGGCUGCUUCGAGCGCAUCUAUAUCUUCUCGCCCUCGGUGGAGGUCGACUCUGCCUGGCAGCCUGUCAAGGAUUACAUCCGAGACGAGCUGGGCGUGAAUACGGACCGGGAGCAGUGCUGGUGGGAGGAUUGGGACGAGGGGGCGCUGCGGAAGAUCAUCGCGGACCAGAAGCGCAUCACCCAGAAGAGCAAGGAGCUGGGCCUCAAAAAACUGUACUCGGUCUUGGUAGUUUUGGAUGAUCAUGCCGAUAAUCCAGCUGUGCACCGCAAGACGGGAGAUGGCGUUUUGGACACUCUGUUCAUCAGGGGCAGACAUUUUUGCAUCAACACCUGGGUCUCGACCCAGAAGCUGCGUCUUAUGAGCUCCGCCGUGCGGGUCAACGUGAUGUUCUACUGCGUCUUCCGGUUGCGAAACCAACUGGAGCUGGAUGCCUUGGUGGAGGAGCUGAGCGCCAUGCUCCCGAAAGAAACCCUCUACGCCAUGUACGAGGAGGCCACCAGGGAGCCCUACAGCUUCUGGUUCGUUAACCUCCGCGCGCCCAAGGAAGACAUGUUUUGGGUGCGCUUCGACCGGAAGUUCUUGCUAAAUGGGGACGCUCCUGAGCCAGAUGGCGGCCAAGUUGUUGGGGGGAGGCCCCGGCAAACCUCCGACGGCUCCAACGCCAGCGAGUUCUCGGCGCGGCCCACCCGGUUUUUCAGGCGCCGUUCUAAAAAGGGCAUGACGAGUAUCUACGUGGACUCGCGCCUCCGCGCGGAGGGCACGGACAGCAGCUUCUCCUUCGACAUCGGUGAGAGUGUGCACAUUCAAUCCGGCGCCAAACUUGCGGUGUACAAGGUCCGCGUUGCUGACGCCUUUUUGAGCACGGACCGCGGGACGUUCUUGUACUGGGAGGACACGGUCGCCGGCACCCUGCAUUACGCGGAGCUCCCGGUGGGGGCGUACACAGGGCCGCGAUUGGCUGCGUGGAUCAGCAGCAACUUCGCUUCCGCCAGCUACACCGCCGAGACAAAUGAGCUCGACGUGACCUACGACGGCGUGCGCCUCAUCCUCAACGAUGCCGAGCUCCGGCAACGCUUCCCAGGCACGGCCCCCUACCCGCCGGGCGCCUCGCCCAGCAAGCCCCUGUCCAUCAACCACCUCCUCGGCCCCAGCUACCUCACAGGCUCUGCGCAGCGCUUCGUCUUUGUGACGAUGAAUCCGUUCUCAGAACUGUACCUCAGGUGCCCAACACUGGCCAACGGGGAGACGACGGUGGGCCCGUUGGGGCACGACAUCCUCUGCAAGAUCGUCGUUUCGAAAGGCGUGGGCCACGUCAUGGAGACCGAGACGUCAGAGGGGCACUGGGUUCAGCUGCACGGGCCCAUAACCCUGCGUCAGUUGCGCUUCAAGCUCACCGACUACCAGGGCAACAUCGUGAACACUCGAGGCACCAGCAUUUCCUUUGUGGAUGAACCCGCUCCUGUGGCCACCGAGCCCGCCGUGGCCGAGCCUCCCGCGCAGCCGGUGGUGGCCGAGCCUCCCGAGCCUGCCGAGCCUGCCGCGGUGGCCGAGCCGCCGACCGAGGUUCCUCAGGAAGCGCCCCAACCCAAACGGCGAGGGCGACCGCCAGGUUCGAAGAACAAGCCAAAGCCGCCCCCGACUGUGGCCGUGGCGGAGCUUCCGAAGCAUGCUGAGUCGCCGACACCGGAGCCGCAGCAAGAGCCCCACCAGGAGCGAGCACAAGAGCCCCCGCCUGAGCCCCAGCAACCCGUGCGUAUGACGCCCUCGGAGGCUCGCCGCGCCCGGCAGCUCUCGCGAGCCGACCGCUUCCAUGCCGCGAUGCUGCGGGCGUUUCACAAGCAGUAUCCCAGCUACAACUUGACGCCGCUGCUCUACAAGCGGCAGCAGCAAUUGAUCGAUGCUCGGGUAUUCAACGAGUGGCUGGCCAACCGGCGGCAGCGCCAGGAAGGCGAGGCCUAUACGGAUGAAGUGGGGCGUGCAGUCGACGCCGUUAACAGGAGGAUCCCCCAGUUGAGGUGGGCCCCCGCCGAGCGGGCGGGCGUGCGUCGCGUGGCCCGCGACGUGGCUGCCGGGCGCAACACUAGCGUCCUGGGCUACAUCGCUGAGGGCGAGCCCUUGCCCAUCGACCUCCCAAACCGCAAUGCCAGCAUCCUGACUUCCAGCCACUUCUGGCUGGACGACUAUCCCCAGAGCUCCGGCCUCGCGCCCCCGCCCGACGAAGUAGCUCCACCCCAAAUCAUCGGCCGGCCAAGUGAAGUGGAGCCGCUUCUGGAGCGGGCGGGACAGCGAGCCCAGGAGGUGGAGAGGGCGGCAGCCCGAGACAUCGAGCAGUUCAUGAGCGAGCAGGCGGCCGAGGCGGAGGCGACCGAGGGCUUCGCUUCCACAGCAGAAAUGGCUGCGGGGGCUGCAGAAGCGGCAGGUGCUGCAGAGGCCGCAGCGGGUCCGGGCGCGCUUGCGCUGUUUGGCGAGGCAGCAUUGGGCACCGCUGCGGGCAUGGGAGCAGCGGCGGGGGGCUUGGCUGUGGCAGGCGGGGCGGCCGCACUCGUGGGAACCGCAUGGGCACUGCACGGCGGCAUGGUGGCGGCAGAGCACCUUUUGGGCUGGGGUGGAGGCGGAGGAACCGACACGGACGCCUCCCGACCCAGCUCGGCCCCCGACAUCCAGACCUUGAAUGGGAUGCAGGAGUUUGGGGCGGAGCAGCACUUCCAGCUCCGGGAGCCACAGGCCUCACGGCAACGCCCGCAGUUUUACCGCAUGGACACCGACAGCGAAUCGGAGCCGCGGGCCCAGCCGCCCCCGCGCAUGCAGGCUCGCCCCGCGAGGCCCACGCGCUUCCCCACGGGCUUGAACCCCGCUCCCUUGGCGCAGUCCUCGGGCAGCGAGUCCUCCCGCGGGCCUCGCAUGCAGAGGCCGUCCCGCGCCGCACCGCCCCCGUCGUUCGAGGCGCUUCGAAGCGCGAGCGAGCCGGAGGCCGCGUGA